UCCGGCCAGAAUGGUUUCGGCGAAGGUGGAUUCAGAGGCGGACAUUCUCUCCAACCUCAACAUCAACGCCGGGGAUUGGCCUUCUAAUCUUGUCAAGAAUCUCUGCCUCCUUUCUCCGGAUCAGAUUGAAUUGGGAAAGAUGUUGGUGGAGAUGGGGCAGAGCCACUUGUUUCAGCAAUGGACAGAUCCUGGCGUCGAGGACGACAAAAAGAAAGCAUUCUUUGCUCAGGUUGCGAAGCUAAAUUCAAGCUAUCCUGGGGGUUUGGCAUCGUAUAUUAAAAAUGCUAGGGAGCUCUUAGCGGAUUCAAAAGUAGGGAAGAACCCAUAUGAUGGCUUCACACCUUCGGUUCCCACAGGAGAGGUUCUAUCUUUUGGUGAUGAUAAUUUCAUCAAAUAUGAGGAGGCAGGUGUUAAAGAAGCCCAAAAUGCUGCAUUUGUUCUUGUUGCAGGGGGUCUCGGUGAACGUCUUGGAUACAACGGAAUUAAGGUGGCACUUUUAGCAGAGGCCACUACCGGAACAUGUUUCUUACAACUCUACAUUGAGUCUAUUCUUGCUCUUCAGGAAGGUAGCUGUAGGCUCACACAAGGCACAUUUCAAAAAGAUAUUCCUUUUGUUAUCAUGACAUCGGAUGACACACAUACCCGCACAUUGGAGGUUUUGGAAUCAAAUUCUUACUUUGGGAUGAAACCAACACAAGUCAAACUUCUUAAGCAGGAAAAAGUUGCAUGUUUAGAUGAUAAUGAUGCUAGGCUUGCUUUGGACCCUCAUAACAAAUACCAAAUUCAGACAAAACCUCAUGGCCAUGGUGAUGUGCACUCCCUUCUUUACUCUAGUGGCCUUCUGAAAGUAUGGCUUUAUGCUGGUUUGAGAUGGGUUCUCUUUUUUCAAGACACAAAUGGACUUCUUUUCAAGGCCAUUCCAGCAUCUCUAGGAGUCAGUGCUACUAAACAAUACCAGGUCAACUCUCUUGCUGUUCAACGGAAAGCAAAAGAGGCCAUGGGAGGAAUUACAAGACUUACUCAUAGUGAUGGAAGAUCAGUAGUGAUCAAUGUGGAGUACAAUCAGCUUGAUCCUCUGCUUAGAGCUGCUGGACAUCUUGAUGGAGAUGCUAAUUGUGAGACUGGUUAUUCUCCUUUCCCAGGAAAUAUAAACCAACUUAUUUUGGAGCUUGGUCCAUACAUUGAGGAGCUGACAAAAACAGGAGGGGCGAUAAAGGAAUUUGUUAACCCUAAAUAUAAAGAUGCCAGUAAAACAUCAUUUAAGUCCUCAACUCGACUAGAGUGUAUGAUGCAAGACUACCCUAAAACAUUGCCUCCAACAGCAAGAGUUGGAUUUACGGUGAUGGAUAAAUGGCUUGCUUAUGCACCUGUGAAAAACAACCCUGAGGAUGCUUCUAAGGUACCAAAAGGAAACCCAUAUCACAGUGCAACUUCUGGAGAAAUGGCCAUUUAUCGUGCAAACAGUCUCAUCCUUAUAAAGGCUGGUGUCCAAGUGGAGGGUCCAGUACAACAGGUUUUCAAUGGACAAGAGGUGGAAGUGUGGCCGCGUAUUACAUGGAAGCCUAAAUGGGGGCUUACUUUUUCUGAGAUCAAAAUCAAAGUUAGCCAAAGUUGCUCGGUAUCUCAAAGAUCUACCAUGGUCCUUAAGGGCCGUGAUAUCUUUCUUGAAGAUCUAUCCUUGGAUGGAGCUCUUAUCAUCAACUGUAUUGAUGGUGCAGAGGUUAAAGUAGGAGGAUCAAUACAAAACAAGGGCUGGCUUCUUGAGAGGAUUAACUACAAAGAUACGAGUAGCCCCGAGGAACUGAGGAUCAGGGGUUUCAAAAUCAACAAAUUGGAGCAAUUGGAGAAAACUUAUAGUGAACCUGGCAAAUUCAUCUUAAAGCCACAAUGUUGAUGAUAUACGGAGACACAGCAAUUCAUUUGUUCUUUCUGGAAAAGCUUUAUGUGGAGACACUGUCAUUUACUUGAUAGCAGGAAUAAAUCCCUUUCAUUCAGUAAUUUGUACUACUAGUCUUGGGCAGUCGGGAUUGUAGGUGAGUAUUUUUGUCAUUUUCAAAAAGUUUUCCCAUAAUAAUUAGGUAAGAGGUGUGGUGGAAAUUUUGUAUUAUUUUCAAGAAAGAGUAGCAGACAUCUACUUGCAUUUUGUUCAUAAUUUGAUGUAUAUUAUGUUUAUACAUUAACAAUAAUUGUUUUGGAGUCUAAAA